AGAAGAAAUGAUGUUUUUCCUAAGGUACACAAAAGCAAAGGCUGAAACGUUCAAAUGAGAAAUGCUCUCGGAAACGGAAGCUUUGCGCACACUCCAGACAUCUUCUCAAAGAUCCCAACGGUCAGAUUGUGGACAAGUGUCUUUUGAAGUUGCAGACCAAAGUUUGAGACAAUCCAAUGGUUAACAAAGGCUGGGCAGUGUUUUUACCGAGGCAACUCAUGUAGCUUCCUCAAGAAGCUUCAUUAAGAGGCUUCCUCAAGAAGCUUCCUCGUGGCUUCUUUGAGAAGUUUUCUCAAGAGGCUUCUUUGAGAAGCUAGAUCUUUAUCUACCCACACCCCUCUAUUAACUAAAUUAACCUCUUUGAAAAUAAUUACGGAUUAAAAUAACACAACGAAUAUAAUCGAACAUCAAACAUAAUUACUAAUAAUAUAUAGAUAUAUAUAUCAGGGGGUUACACUCUUGACUCUAAUAGUGAAAUCAAACAAUCACUAUUCUAUUAUGAAGAUUUUAUUUUCUUCACCUAUGAAUAAUCCAAAAAUGGAUUAUAUUUUCUUGACAUAUGAAUAACCCAAGCAUGCUAUUAUAACUAAAUAUUCCCAUAAUAGUCUGUGCCUCUCGGAUCCAUUGAUGUUGAGGGAGUUGAGAGUGAAAGAUAAAGAUAGCCAAUCGCAAAUUCCACCCACAUAACGCCACAUUUUAAUUUUUAUUUUCACAAACACAAACCCAAUCCAAUCAUGUUAUUAUUACUUAAUCACUGCCAUUGCUGAGAUAAGAGAGAAGCCAUAGAGUACUGGUUUUGUUAAAACCAUUGAUCCUUUUUAUUUCUCUUGAAACCAACAUACACAAAAUUGCUUGACAUACCUAUUUGUGUUGCAUUAGCUAGAAAAUUUUCAACCAAAUGAGUACUGACAAACCUUAUUUACCAAUUAUAUGAAUAGUUAAUUUGACCAAAAAACUACAUUGUUCUUCAUGAUUUUCAGAUUAUGGUUAGAACAAGAGGUUUAGCACGUGCCUUAGGUAGUAGUACAUGCAGAGGCAUGGGUCAGGAUGAGCAUGAUGUUGAUGUUCCCCGGCAUCGUAGGCCUACCGCUUUUGCCCAUAGGCAACGGGUUCAGGUUGAUGUCACUGAGGAAGUUCCUCAGGUGACUGAGGAUGUUCCUCCUUAGGUGAUUGAGGAUAUUCCUAAUGUGACAGAGGAUGUUCCUCAUGUGGACGAGGACAUUCUGACUGCGGACGUAGAUGCUGCGGAUGUAGCUGCUGAUGGUGCUAAGGGGUCACCUACUGAUCAUGGCGAGGGAUUCCCUGGUGGGCCACGUGACACAUCGGUGCUGACAUCGUUUGCUGACCAUGUGGCAUAUAGUAUCUGGAGUGGCGAGGAACGACCUGAGUUGAAAUUGGUCUCCCACGGUAGGAAAGUUGAUAAAUUUGGGAGUCCAGCGCGUGAGAUUGAAGGCCUUGUUGCCAACACCGGAUUAAGUCCAUUGAUCAGGUGUUCUGUGGUCACCGACGAUCCUGGACUUAUAUCCGCAUUUGCGGAGAAGUGGCAUAGGGAGACCAGCACCUUCCACCUUCCAGUGGGGGAGUUGACGAUCACACUGGACGAUGUGGCGUGUCUCCUCCAUCUUCCUAUCGCAGGGGCAUUACGCAGGUUUGAGCCUCUAGGAGUGGACGAGGCAAUCUUGCUGUUGACGGAGCUUUUAGAGGUAUUCGGCAAGGAGGCUCGAGCUAAGUACGUACGUGCUCAUGGGGCUUACGUGCGACUGUAGUGGCGCGUGCUUACCUCCUCCACCUGGUGGGUUGUACUCUUUUUGCUAAUAUGAGUGCAACCCAUGUUCAUGUGGUGCAUCUAGAGGGUUUUCGAGACCUGGGUCAGUCUGGGGGCUAUGCUUGGGGAGUUUCCUUGCUGGUUCACAUGUAUGACCAGCUAAAUGAAGCUUUGCAGGCCCCCACAUGACAGAUGGGUGGGUACUUGACGCUAUUACAGUGCUGGAUAUAUGAGUAUUUUCCCAGUGUUCAUCAGUGCGUCACUAAUGAUGGGUACGCUGAGACGACCCCACAUGCCUACAGGUGUCUUACGACGAAGGCACACAUGAGGGGGAUCAAGGGAGCACCGUAUAGGGCAUGUUUAGAUGCUUUGACGAUCACGGACGUUUCUUGGUUGCCCUACAGUGAGCACCGGGCAGUUAGGGGCUUCGAGCUUAUUUCAUGCUACCAGGGGCAGCUCAAAUGGGGUUAUGUUGUGGUCUAUGUCAGACCAGAGAGGGUGGUACGACAGUUUGGGUACAUCCAAACCAUCCCUUUGCCGUCGGUUACUGGUUCAUUGUCGUAUGAGGACAUAGACAAUAGGUGGAUGCAUUUCGGGGAUCUUGUAGCACCCGUAGGUGAGAUUUGUGUUGUCCCCGGCCAGGUAUCAGCGAACUACAUGGAGUGGUUUUUCCAGAUAUCUCACCCGUUCGUUAUGCCGACCCAGGAAGGCGAUGAUCCCAGACAGCCAGCUGCCCCAGAUGUGGAUGCAUACGUCGAGCCACAUGUCCCGGAGGUUUCAGUCGCAACUGAUCUCCCCAGACAUUCAAUGGUUGCUUGUGAAGGUUACGAAGCGAUCGCAGAAAGGUUGGAGCGUGUGCUCAACCUUAGGAUGGUUGUUGCAGGAACAGAGUUACAUGAUGAGAUCAUGGAAGAUUGCCUGCGGAUCGCUUAGGGUGACGCCUCUGAUGGAAGUCUUAGGGCGCGAAAUAGACAGCGCAUAGAUUAGUUUUUGAUAUCAUGUGUAUUAUUUUUGUAUUUGAUAACAUUAUUGUAAUUGUUACAUUAUUUUGGCAAUACAAUUUUUGUAAAUUAUU